UACGCGACGAGCGUUCCACCCGUACGGACGUAUUUUUGCGGUCUGCUUCAUAAAUGGCGAUUCUGUUUUUCUUCUCUGCGUCGAAAUCGAAAACCCCGGCCCGCCGAUCUGCCAGUGAAAAGGGAACGGCGAAAUAAAUGCCGCGCCGCGCGUGUUCUGCGGGAUUUCUGUACGUAAAUGUUCAAGACUGCCGAGCUGCUGCUGGUUGGUGAGAAAGUUAUUGCAGAAUUAAAUACAGAAUCUAGAUCUAGCUUCUUUGACCAAUAUUUUGUCCAAGUGACCCACCUAUGUGCGACGGUCGGCAAGCAAAAGAGGCUCCGUCCGACAUUGGCAGCCUGGCAAAAGCGACGACUGAAUCAGUGAGAGAACGUUAGCCCGAGUGAUAGGUUGGUGAUUUUUCGCUGCUGUUUGCUGCCAGCCCUAGUGGAAGAAAUUAAUCGAGACCAGAAAAAAAAAACGCGAGGAAAAAAGGAGUGGAAAAUUGAUAGUCACACGGUGGAAGUCUUUAAAGUUCUUAAUUCCAGUGUGGUUUUUACGGUGGAGAUCUGGAGGUGCUCUCCUGGCAAGCCCUGCUGGGUGGCGAAGCCUCUCGGUGCUGAAUAUUGUGCGUAAUGUGAGUUGUGCUAAAUCAUACAGCGAGUGAAAAAGUGUAGAAAAAAUAUCGGUGGUCCGAAAAAAUUGCGUUCGAUCGGCUACGGUCGGAGUGAUUCCGGACUCCGAAGCGACAGUUCCGGAGAGUGGUGCCGGCCCAGGUGCCGUGGGGAUCGAAAAUAGAUCAACGGAGGAAAAUCAAACGACGACGAGGACGAUGUCUGAUAAAGUGUCGAUAUCGCCAUCCAAAAGUCGGAGGCAAUUACGUGAACGGAAGCAACGCAAGUUAUACUCGGACGACUGGGCGCUCGGCGAUGAUGACUACGAGGGAGCGCGCGGCUUCAGCGUUGCCGAGAAGCUGGAAUCGGCCCGUUUUGCGCAGUCCGGGAUGGUGCGCGAGAUGAAGGGAACGGAUCUCACCGUCGGCUUUCUCCAGCAGUACGGAUUCAACAUUCCACUAUUGUUCAAAGAAAAGACCGGUCUUGGACUGCAAGUGCCAUCAGCCAACUUCACGAUCAACGAUGUGCGGAUGUGCGUCGGGUCGCGGCGCGUCCUGGACGUGAUGGACGUCAACACGCAGAAAAACGUCGAAAUGACGAUGAAGGAGUGGGAAAGCUAUUACGAAGAUACCAACAAGAAGAAACUGCUGAAUGUGAUUUCGCUGGAGUUCUCCCACACCAAGCUGGAAAAUUACGUGCAGAGUCCGAACAUAGUGCGCCAGAUCGACUGGGUCGAUGUAGUGUGGCCGAAGCAGCUGAAAGAGUCGCAAAUCGAAGCGACCAAUGUGUUAAACGAAAUGAUGUACCCCAAAGUGCAAAAGUAUUGUUUGAUGUCGGUGAAAAAUUGCUACACCGACUUUCAUGUGGAUUUCGGAGGGACGUCAGUGUGGUACCAUAUUCUUAAGGGAAGUAAAGUGUUUUGGUUGAUUCCACCGACGGAGAAGAAUUUGCAGUUGUAUGAAAAGUGGGUGUUAUCCGGCAAGCAAUCGGAUGUGUUUUUCGGUGAUACGGUGGAAAAGUGUGCGAGAGUGUACCUAACGGCAGGUAAUACGUUCUUCAUACCAACUGGGUGGAUCCAUGCUGUUUACACACCGACUGAUUCGCUAGUAUUCGGGGGCAACUUCCUCCACUCAUUUGGAAUCGUGAAACAGCUGAAAAUCGCACAAGUCGAAGACAACACCAAGGUACCGCAAAAGUUCCGGUAUCCAUUUUUCACAGAGAUGCUUUGGUAUGUCCUGGCCAAGUAUGUCUACACGUUGCUAGGGCACUCUCAUCUGGAAGGUGAACCAGGUCGGGAGACAGAACUUGUCGGGAAACCACACGUGCAUUUAACUCAUUAUGAACUGUUUGGACUGAAAGAAAUCGUCAUGUAUUUGUAUGAUCUACCACCACAGAAGAAAAACGUUCCAGACUUGAUCAAAGAUCCGGUUGCGCUAAUCAAAGACGUAAGGACAUUGGUAGAGCGCCACUGUAAGGACAAUCCCGAACAGGCAAUCACUGGAGUACCCGUACUCCACCCAGAUCUCAACAAGAGCAAUAAUUCGUACCUGCGAGAGCGAUACGAAUACUACGCUGGAGAGGGCGGAAUGAAAACUCCGCUCUCACACGAAGAAGAGGGAGAGGGCUCCCAAGCGAGCCAGGAGGAGAAUACCCACGAUAUGUUGCCAUCGCACCAGCAACCUUCAGAGCGACUGUCUUCGCCCGUGCAAAAUUCAUCCCCUGGGCAACACGUUCCUCUUGGGCAGGACGAUCACAUCAAUACCAACGGAACGCUUAUGGCCGCUCCGCCUAAUCUACAGCAGCAUGAUGAUGAUCGAAACUUUGUCUCUCCGCAGCCAACCCGUCCAGGUGGCCUAGGAAUACGUGGUCCGUAUAAGAAAGGCAGUGGCAACACUAGUAGUGGAGGUGGCGGUGGUAGAUCUAGCGCCGAGAAACGCGAUGGUAAUGGACCGAGGCGGAGAAGAACACGGUGCAAGAACUGCGAAGCCUGUCAGCGAUCGGACUGCGGCGAAUGCAGCUUCUGUCUGGAUAUGGUGAAGUUCGGUGGACCGGGCAGGGCAAAGCAAACCUGCAUGAUGCGUCAGUGUUUGCAACCGAUGCUUCCGGUGACGGCACAGUGCAUCCAUUGUCGUCUGGACGGUUGGCGGCAAGCGCCGAUAACGGCACCAGCACAAGCGAAACUUCAAGCACAAAUGCAGGAGGGGCCAUCGUCGUUGAUGGAAUGUUCGGUUUGCUAUGAAAUAACGCAUCCGGACUGUGCCCAGCGGUUGGCACCGGAGAUCGGUGGUAUUGUGAAUGAGGAUCUUCCCAACAGUUGGGAAUGCCCCAGCUGCUGCAAGUCGGGAAAGAACACCGAUUAUCGGCCUCGUCACUUCCGAGCACGCCAGAAGUCCUCGGAGAUUCGUCGGAUGUCGGUUAGCAGUGAUGCGUCGUCCGUUCACAAUGCUGACCUAGGACGGAUAGGUGGAACAUCGGUGAUUCAGCAAGCCGUGAGUAGCACUGUGAGCGGAGGCGUUCACGGUACUAUGGGCGAUGUGUCAGUUGGAAAUCCGGUGGUGGCACCGCGGUUUCAAAAUGAUAUGUUGUAUGACUUUGCUGUUUCCGGGAACGCGGUGAUCGUUGGUGGAAAUGGAGGAAACAUUCUACUUGAACGAAAACCAAAGAUCAAAGACGAGGAUGUGUCCAGUGGAUCGGAACCCGAUCACAGCCAGAAAAUGGGUCUGGGAGGAAUGUUAAUGCCAGCGAACGUUCCUGUGAAGAUGGAGAUCAAAGAAGAACCAAUGGAGGCAGCUCACAGCAGUGGUGUGGGAUGUUUGAAAAGAGAUGGCGAGGGAUCGACUGGAGUGCAUCCUGUAGGUGGAAUGGUGAUGCCGAAACGCAGGAAGAGUGACGAUGGUAACAGCAUGUGCAGCAGUAUGCAGGAUUCAGUGGACAUAAGUGAACACAAUCACAGUCUCCCAAGAAAAAAGUCAUCAUUGAGGACCCAAUUGGCUCAUCAGAUUCAUAGCUCUUCGGCUAAAACUAUGAAGAAACCUCUGUAUCCGGUAAGACCGGCACAUGUACACACUCCAGUAUUGUCGCAACCAGGAAAUUACGCAUUGGAUCCGACUUGUUUGUUGGCAGUAUUUCGCUACUUGCCUCCUGAAACAUUGGUGACGUGCUCGUUGGUGUGUAAAACCUGGUCCAACAUCUCGGUAGAUCCUGCACUGUGGAAACGCAUGAACUGCGCCGAGUACAAACUCACUGCUAGUCUACUGACGGCUAUAGUGAGACGCCAGCCCGAGCACCUUAUAAUGGAUUGGAUUAGUUUGGGAAAACGACAAGUAACCUGGUUGAUAUCGCGAAUUCCUGGCCUAAAGCAUUUAUCACUUCAAGGAACACCGAUUCAGGCAGUUCUGGGUCUCCACACAUGCAUGUGUCCACCGUUGCAGAUUCUCGAUCUCAGUUUUGUAGCCGGUUUAAACGAUUCCGCUAUCCGUGAAAUUCUGUCCCCGCCAAAAGAUUCCCGCCCGGGCCUGGCAGAUUCUAAGUCGCGCUUGCGUAACCUCAAAAUUCUCAAACUGGCAGGAACAGACAUUUCAGAUGUUGCUCUACGUUACAUCACCCAAGGUCUAUCCAACCUUACACAUUUGGAUCUUUCCUCCUGCCAGAGGAUAACCGAUGCUGGAAUUUUCCAGAUCGGGACCGCACCGGCAUCAGUGAAAACUCUGAUUGAACUUGAUCUCAGCUGCUGCAAGCUCAUUACGGAAACAUCCCUCGAUCAUCUGACCAAGUGCGACGCCCUGACGAGACUCGAUCUGAGCCACGUGCCCCAGGUGACGACCCAAGCGGUCAUUAAAUUUGCUUCCACGUCGAAAAACGAUUUGCAACUGCAUGACAUUAAACUGGUGGACAAACGAAAAACGGCUUAGUAAGUCGGAAAUGAUCGGACUUCUAUGAAUAAUACGCUUCUUUACCGCGCUCGCUGCCAUCUUUAGAACUUAGUUGAGAAUUUUAGGAGAAAUGAGGAAAUAGUUGGAAGCAGCUGUUUAAGUAUUUGAUCAUUUACCAAUGUGCAUGUGCAAUGUGCAUCCAUCACAAUGAUCGUGGAAGAAAUGUGCGUAGAUGGUUGCCGUGGUGGAUGGCAAGAGUUUGGAAGAGGGCGCCCUACAUAACGUAAAUCGUGUGCUAGUGAUUUUCCCAUAUUUUUUUCUCUUGGUCACAAUACUGUAGUUUGUAAGCAAUUGUAAACAAGAAUUAAGGACACACAUAUUUAGAUUCUUGAGACUAGUUUGAAAUAAGGUACAAGUAAAGACCUUUUGAUGUGAGGAAGUGUGUUUGUAUGUUCGUGUGGUUGUAUGUGAUGUUUGUAUGUAACGCAGAUCAGUUUAUCUUCUAAUUUUUAUUAGAACUUAAGGUUAAUGGCAGCGUCAUAGUGAGGUGUGACUAAUCAAUUACGUUGGAAAUAAACUCAAUCAACCAGAACUA